AUGACGGAUGCGAGUAGGGUAUGGGAAGGGUGGGACGAUGGCGACGACGAUGGGCUCGAGAUGGUUACUGAGGAUGGGGAGGGGGACGAGGAGAUCGACGCCGCCCUCGACAACCUCCGCACACUCCACGUCUCCAAGCUCACCGCCUACAAGCGCCUUCUCGAGCGCGCACAAGCCAGCACGGCAGCCCAGGCGUACGCGCUGCAGGCCGAAGUCGCCCUUCUCCGCCGCCAGGUCUCCUCCUCUAACACCAAACCGGGUGCGCUGACUAUCACCGCGUCGAAUUCGGAUAUGACGCUCGACCCCGGGAUGUGUGUUUGCGGAAGGCGUAAGAGGGGUGGAUACUGGGCCGGGAGCAGGUUUGCGGUGUACGGGAGCGAUGAGGAGGAUGACGGCGAGGAUGGCGAGGAGGGAGGUGUGGAUUUGGGUAAGGCGCUGAAGGGGGACGGCAAGGGCAACUUUAAUGAUCGGGAGGUGAGAAGGGCCGUGAGGGGGUUGAAGAGGGAGGCGAGGAGUCGGCUAAUGGGCAUCAUCCUCGACUCCCUGCUCCCCGGAGACAUCCGCCUGCAGAUCCUGCUCCUCGAAAAGUACGCCAAGUCGACGUUCGACGUGCUCGGCGCGCUCGCGCCCGACCUCGCGCUGCGCGUGCUCCGGCACCUCACGGUGCGUGAGGUGCUCCGCGCGUCACUGGUGAGCAGGCGGUGGUACGAGGCCGUGCACCAUCCGCUGCUGUGGCGCUUCCACUGUCUGCGCCUGACGAAGAACGAUCCGGUGCCGGUGAGGGCGCCUGCGAGCCCGGAUGGGUGGUAUCCGCUGUAUAGGUCGCUGCACCACCGUGAGGCCAAUUUCCGGAAUGGGCUGCCGCAGAGCAUACGGUUCCUCAGUGGGCACACGGGGUUCUGCACGACGUUGCUUCUCCGAGGCAAGCGGCUGAUCAGUGGUUCGUACGACGAGACGAUCCGGUUCUGGGACAUCGAGACGGGCGAGAUGAAGAAGUGUCUGCAGGUCAAGAAGCCCGUGAGCUGUGUCGACUUUUUGGCGGAGGAAGAGGUGUUCGUCGUAGGCUUCCACGACGUCGGACGCGUCCACCUCUACUCCUCCGUGACCUUCACCCCGCUGCAGCAGCUCGCGGGGCACCUGAACGGCAUCCGCGCCGUCGCGCUCAGCUCGAGGAACCUCGUCUCGGCUGGCGCGGACAAGGCGCUCGUGUGCUGGGACUGGCGCGCGGGCACGAAGAUCGUGAGGUUUGGGCAGCAGACGACGAUCAAUAUCGGCGUGCAGAUUAUUGCUGCGCCCGAGGGCGACGAUCCACGCACGGGUGAGGGGGAGAGGGUGGUGGGGGUUACGAUUGAUGGGAUUGUUAGGGUUUUCUCGAUCAAGAGAAGAGAGAUGGUGUCGCAGUUUAAGCUGUCGGAGCUGGGUGGGAACGACCCGGUGUUGAACGCGAGGCUGUACAAUGUUGGUGCGGCGCCGAAUAAUAUGCUGCAGUGGUUCGCUGCCAAGGGCACGCAGAUGACUUGCGCCACCAAAUCCGUCAUUCUGCACCUCCAGUGGACAGAGGCGACCGCCACUCGCGACGAGGAGCAGAAACUCGCUGCCGAAUCUGUCGACAGCCCCGUCGGCGGACGUCAGUCCGCGCUCUCCCCCGUGCUCUCGCGGAGCACGACCGACCCGCGGAUGCGCACCGUCUCCGCCCUGGGCCGUUCCACCUCAUCCGUCGUCACGCCCAACCGGCGGGCCUCGGGGCUCGGCGUGUCGACGUCCUCGGUCUCUGGGAGCAGGAGUUCCACGGGCGGGAAGCGCUUCAGCCUUGGCGCGCCCGGGACGCCGCUCACGCCUGGGACACCGAUCUCGCCGACGAUGAGCACGGGUCCGGGCGGGGCGAGGCCUAUGGGCGGGGGCGAUGGGGGGUUCCAGAUCCGGUUUGGGAGGGCGGCGGUGCUCACGGCGCCGCCGAAGCUCGUGGCGGUUGUGGAGACACCGGAUGUGGCGGUGGGCGCGGUGGACGCGAGGAAGCGGCGGGUUGUUACGGCUACGAGGUUCAGUUCGAGGGCGGGAGCGGAUCGCAGGAUUCUCAUCUCGGAGCAUAUCGAGAAAGAGACGCCUCUGCCGAGCGCGUUGGGCGUCUCCGCGGAGGACGACGACGAGCGCGACGAGUGGGACGAUCUCGAAGAGCGUACGAGUGCGAGCAAGCGCUCGAGCUCGGUGCUCACGGGCACCACCGCCGCGCACAGUGUGGCCUCGAUCUCGGCAGCGGGUGACGUCGACAUCGACACGGACGUUGUCUCCCUCGGCGGCGCAUGGGGCAAUCUCGCGACGCCGCCGUACCCGCCCGGCCCGCUUCGUGGGCUGCUCGGUGGCCUGCCGAACAAGUUUGGCGGGAUGGCGACGCCCGAGAAGAACCCGAUGUCGAUGCAGAUGAGCCAUGAGGAGGUUGUGGUUGGGUGUGCGGAUGGCACCAUUUAUGUGAUGAACUUUGUCGGGAAUGAGUAUGUGAAGGAGCGGAUUGGUAUCCCAGAGGAAGAGGAGGAUGUGAGGUUUGGGAUGGAGGAAGAAGGUGAGGGCGAGGGCGAUGUUCUCUCGUCAGACUGA